UCAUGGCGACUGAGGCGAAAUAUGACCAAAGCCAGAGAGGGACAACUGCCUGACAGGCUAAACUGAGGGCAACAGAGUCCAUAAAGCUCCAACAGGAAGCAGUUGUAUGACUGCUCUCCACAAGCAAGAACAGUUACACUAUUGUUGCCAUUAAAACGCAACAUUCAGGGACAUAUCCCCUGUUUUAAAUCUAGAAGGGGGUUCUAAAAGCCUUUGACACCAUGGCGUCCCUCCUCUUGAAGCACGUGGCUGCCUCUGUGACUCGCCAAAUGGCCCAGAUGAGCCGGUUCAGCGGGGCCGGCUCCUCACCAGCAGCCAGUGCCUAUAGAUGUCUCUGCACCCUCAACACAGUCACCCGCACCCUGCUCCGCUCAUCAACCAGAAUCAGAUCCAUCCAGCCCCUUUUGUCUGGCUCCUCGGCUCAGUGUGGACCAUCUCUGCUGGGACAGUGUGAGGGUCUUCCCUGCAUCCAGCCCUCCGCGGGGAUGAAAACCAAGUCUGCCCUGAAGAGGCGCUGCAAAGACUGCUUCAUUGUUCGACGGAGGGGGCGCUUGUUUGUGUUCUGCAAGACAAAUCCGAGACACAAGCAGAGGCAGGGCUAAAAUGUUGGAGUAAUAAGAAGUAGGCUUUGAGAUUUUGAAUUUAAAAUAAAUAGUUUGGA